AUGCCUAUAGAAAUUUUAGGUAAAAUAAAUUUAGAGGAAGUAUUAAAUAUUCAAAGCAUCGCAUCUAAUACUAAAAUUGGUUAUAUGCUUAAAAUAAUUGAUAUAUUUAAAAAAAAUUAA